GCAAGGAGGGGGCCACGGCGUGCCCCACUCUGUUUUUUACGACACGGCUUUCUGUGUAACAUAAUAAGUAUUUAAAAAUUUUUGUGAAAUGUUUCGGUGUUAUUUGUAAAAAUUCGGGAAGUGGAAAAUAGGAAACGAGAUGCAGGGGCUGGUGAGUGACAAGACGUUCCACCUCAAGUGGAACAACCACCUGCAGAACCUGAGCCAGCUGUUUACGACGAUCUAUUCGUCGUCGGCGCUCGCAGACGUAACCCUGUCAUGUCGAGAUGGCACCCUCAAAGCUCACAAGCUGGUCCUUUCGGCUUGCAGCCCUUACUUCGAACAAAUUUUCAAGGACAAUCCAUGUCAACAUCCAACAGUGAUAUUGAAAGGUAUACCUUUCUCGGAGAUCAAUCUGUUGGUAGAGUUUAUGUACAAGGGAUCGGUGGAUGUUCAAGAGUUGGAUUUGCAAUCUUUGAUGCACACAGCCUCUGAGCUAGAGAUCAGAGGACUGGCAUAUGAGGCUCGUGAUAAUGCUGCACAGUUACUGAAUGUGAAUCUAGAAUACCCUGCUUACACACAGACAACAACCACCUCAACUGUCACAACAUCACAAUCAUUUCAACAAAACCGUACUGAUGUCGAGAGAUUAAAACAGAUUCACAUGUACCAACAGUCCAUGAUGCGGGCUGAAGAAGUCCGCAGGCGGCGCAGAGAAGACAUGCCAACAACACAAACGGCUGUCAACAAUAUUUUAGCUGCAGCAGCCAGGGAGAUGGAAGAGGCCAGACAAGCUACCAGGACGGAGAGAGUCGUUGCCAGCAUCCAGACGGAACAGGAUAGUAAUACAUCAACAGCUACGCCGUCAGACGCGAAACGCGAGUCCGAAGACGAGAGGCCAAAGAAGAGAAUCUCGAUUAUGUCACCUGAUGAUGAGAGGAUGCGAGCGAAAAAGAAGAUGACCGUGCGCUUCCAGGACGAGAAGAUGGAAGAACCCAAUAAGGUCACUUCACCCAGUGCAACAAAUAAUGGCGAGCCAAAAGAAGACAACAAACAGGGCGGUAUAAAAGUAGUGCAACUGGCUGUUUUACAGAAACCCACCAAUAACGAACAUGACGAUUCUGAUGAGCGAGGCAAAGCGAUGGACGAGGAAGAGGAGACAGAUUCAAGCGGUUCAGUAUCUGAUGCUGCGGCCAAUGAUUCGCAGGAUGGAAGGCCGUAUGCAUGUGAUAUUUGUGAUGUUAGGUUCGCCCGUUCAUCCCAUUUGUCCCGACAUCGUCUUACGCACACGGGUGAGCGUCCGUACACGUGCGGCGGUUGCGGACGUUCGUUCGCUCGCUCCGACAAACUGCGCGUACACACUAAGAUCUGCGAGCGGGUACGUAUUCAUGAGGACCCAACAGUGGAUAUGACAAACGAACAGCCUGUCGUCAAACGCGAGAACAACUCCGAAGUGAUGUCUGGUAUGGUCCGUUCCACGCAUCGCGAGUCCGGCCAUCUCGUGUUCACUCCCAGCGGUGACGUCAUGCUGCCCCCGAGAACCACUCCAGUUAUAUUAAACUCCACGCUGGACGUUAGGAACGAUGCGGAUCUCUCCGACCCUCCAAGACGGGGCCGCGGCAGACCCAGGAAGACUCCACUGCCUUUGACACCCAAGGUCAAGAAGCGAAGAGGACGACCGCCCAAGACGUCUCUCGACAUGGAAGGUUGUGUGUUAACAAGUGGUACCGUGAUGGGUCCCAGCCCUCAACACAUGUCUGCUCUGUCUCCCGCGGGCCAACAGCUGCUGCUAAAGAGGAAACGAGGUCGCCCACCAAAGAACUACCUCAUACCCAACAGACCUGGUAUGGAUAUGACAAUACCGAUGCAGUACGGCCUAGCUGCUGAAAUAAACAAAUUUUACGGCCGACCGAACGAAAACUAUAACGCGACCAACCUGCCAUUCGGUGACUUCUCCUAUUUAACGGAAAUGAUGUACAAUCCUCUCGCGUACUCGUACGGCGUGACCAGCGUGGAUCCGGAUCGGAACAUCGAUGCCGACCACAUGGCGUCCGAGACCCACGACAGGACGAUCGACGUGUCGGACUCGUCGAGCGACGAGGACGACUCGAGGGUGGAGCCCGAGGAGAACGUGCCGCCGGUCGCCUGCGAGACCCAAAUCAUGACGGUAGGCGACUGUCAAAUCGUGAAACUACCCGCAAACGAGGACAAGGAGGACAAAGACCAGUCGCAGAUGGAUACGAACGUGUCGGUGUCCACUCCCAGCUCGGUCACGAUCACUCCGAUCACCACCGUGGGCGACUGUACCAUACGCCCGGUGGAGAACACAUAAUCCACAAGAGUUUACCCCAUCAUAGUCAUACGAUAUGUACUUCAGUAGUCUGGACUUUUUGGGGAUUCUCGAGUUUCGAGUGCCGUCGAAGUAAAGACAGUUCUCAGAACGUGUGGGUUCAACUGGAAGGAUUCGAGCGGAUCUUUCACGUCACUCUUGCGGGACGAGUCCGGACUACUUUGAAAUUUUCCAUUUUCCUCUCUGUCUUCCCUUAUUAUACUAUGUGGGGUAGACGUAUUAUUGUGGUAGCAUAAAGUUGGGUCUUCGUCAAAGUGCUUGUAGCGUAUGCUAGAAUGUCUUCCUAUUAAUUAAUAAGUGGAUGUCUCGAUUCAAUUUAGAACCUAACGUUGCCGGCUUCGAACCACUAAUGGUAGAGAUUUCCCCAUUUCUGAAAGUUGAUUCGGUUUUAGAUUUACGACGGUUUUUUUUAAAAGUAGAAAGCGGAGCGGUGUCGCCACCCACGAAUGCUACUACAAUGAUAAUAUUAGAUUAAGUAACUGUAGAUGCAUUUAAAUUGGAAUAAUUUAUUGGAUCUUGAGAUUUGAUCACGGAAGCUUUACACGGCUUCGGGACGUUUGGCGUCGGGGACUCUCGAGUUUAACGGGACAAGAUGGCGGAGUAAGAAGUGCCCGCCGCGAAACGGACCGACGCGUCGAAACAGAUAUACUCAGUCGACACAAUUGGUUUCGGAACAAAAAGUCACAAGCGAACAGUGUUUUAUAUGACAGCGAAUCCGCCUGGUCCGCCAGUGUUGCCAUAGAUUAUUUUUAUUUGACUCACAGAGUUCUCGCAUAAGACACUGUUUUUAUAGUAAGUAUAACUAUUUUGCGAUACUCUACAGAGGAGUCAUUUACCGCGUAUGUUAAUGGAAUUAGGUAGGUAUUCUCGGUUGCCUUCGUUGUGGCUCUUGGUGUGUGACUUUGGGCGCGCGGCCUAUUUCGGGGAGAUUUUUAGCUUUAAUAAUGAAAAAAAUUCACUUCCCUUCCGACGUCUCCUUCGGUCAACGCCUCGAGCGACGGACGUAAUCUUCGUGGAUCUGAUUUAUUUUCUAGUGAUCCGUACCAGACCUAAUAUAGUAGUUUUAUAACGUAGAUUGGCCGUCUAUUUACGAGAUCUCCGUAUAUAUUGGAUGUGUAGUAGCACAGCUGUAUCGCCUUUACUCUUAUCUUUGUGAAUAGCGAGUAGCGAGUAGUGAUUAGGUAAAAAUUUUAAAAAAUUCUAAAAUAUAACACCACACGAACAAGUGAUACGUUCGCUAAAUAUUUUUAGUCGGACAUAAUUUAAUGACAUAUAUUUCUCUAAUCGUUUAUGCCUGUAUGUGUAAUCUUAGUACGUAAUUCGAUUUCUCGCGGGAAUGUCGCCAUCUUGGACGUCCGUCAACGUCAUUGUCAACGUUCACGAUCUGUCAAACGCGUUGACGUCGCGCGCAUUGGGUCGCAAAUGUAUAUUCUGACAGCUAUCCAGUCAUUGAUGCUGUUAAACAGUCGAUUGGACUUUAAUUAAGUUUCUUGAGUUCCUUUACACGCUUCGCUAUGUGUGUGAUGGCUUCUUUAAGGCUUUUACGGUUAACUUGAUUAUAAAUGUCAUGUCACUUGUACCUAUAUUAUGGACAUUUUCGUUUAUUUUUCGUAGAUAAUAAAGUUAUUUAACGGCCAUAAAAAUAAGUAAUUGCUAGUAUCGUGGCUAUCGAUUUUAGUAGUGGCAUUGUGAACUGAGGCUUCGGGUAAUAAAUCAUAGUUAUCUGUCAAUCUCGGUCGCACUUACAGGUCUUAUGGAGAGUUGUAGUGAUGUGCGUAAGAAUUAUAGAGAGCAUAUCGAUAACGGGAUAGUUACGAUUAUGUUAAGUAUUAAUAGGAAUAAUUUUUCGCUAUCUGAAAAUAAGUUUUUAAUUUGUAAGAUAAAAUGUUUGUUUCGAUGUAAUCAUAGAGAAACUGUAUAGAUCGUAACAAUAUUUACUCGUAAUGACCAAUCAGGAGUCAGGAUGCGCGCGCGCACAUUCCUACUGUCAGUGACAUUUAUUACCCGACGAUUCAGUUUAAACUGCGUCGACUAUAGCGGGAACAAAUGGCGGAUCACCUACUUGCCUUAAAAUUGUUGGCGAUAUGUCUGCCACACACAAAGUUUAUCAUUCAUUAUUGAAGAAGCCGUCACCCAUACGUUUUACAAGUAUUAUUUUGUUCCCUUGAAUCUGUACAGUAGUAUAGUUCCUAACGAUUAAUCAAAAUUAUAAUCCUCGAACUAACAUAGUGAUAAGUUUUUAGUUUUCAAGAUCAAAUUAGUUCACUAUUAGUGAUAUGUAUAUUUUAGUCCGCUUUACUUAAUAAGACUGCUCGCUUUUUCAUUUGCCCUAGAGGCUUCAUCUGGCAAGCUAAGGUGAGAGUUUAUUUAAUACAAAUGAAUCUGUAUUUUUAUACUAAAGAUAAGUUUCCGAAUAAUCUUGUGUCCCACGCGGUAGGUUAGGUUUUUAAGUUUAACGGCCCUAUUGGCAGCUGACGUGCGGUUGCAAGUCAUUGUGGUUUGGGAAAACGCAAUCCUAUAAGUAUACCUUCAGUGUCAGAAAGAAAUUGAAUUAGCUUCGUUCAAUAUUUUUGUCGGACGAAAUUUAUGAACAUAUUUACACAAUGUGGUAAAAUUAAGCAACCCUCCGUAGUAUUCGGAACUAAAUGGAACCAUACAAGUUCGCUUUCGGGUUAUAUAACAUCGAAAAACACUGUUUUAACAUUAUAUGGAUGACGUAAAAAGUGUAAGUCUAAGGAAAAGAUUCAGAAUGGCGAAUUUCACAAAGUUCAACUUCCAUAUAUCAAAUCCAAUAUGUUUUAACAUAGUUAAAUUAAUCGCUAAGUUUCGACUCUAAAUCUGAAAGAGAACAGCCAUAAUACCUUAAAUGAUCUAAGCUUAUAGUUUUUAAUUGAAUAAAUGAAAUAUGACAUUUAGUUUUAAAAAAUAAUGAAUUAUUAUUAUAUAUGAAUUAAAAUGAUUUGAUUUGAGAUUGAUUUACAUAUUUGAAAAUGAAUCUCUGAAAUGUUGGAUUAAGACAUUUUGACAUUUUCCCGAUGUGACAUUGGGUUGUGAUCGCACUACAGCAAGUUUUGGCAAUAAAUGAUUGUAUAAUUAUUUAUGGAAUGUUGUAUGAGCGCCCGGUUGUAUUGCAUUUAUAUUAAGUUUUAUUUUUAUCAUGUCCCGCGACGCAACUAAGAGUAUGGAGUAUAUUACGUAAAACUGCAUUUAUAAUUAGACAUGAUUUUCAUUAUUAACGAUCAAAUUAUAAUCCUAAUUAUAUAAAAUGCCUAAUUAUGUCAUCUCAUCGCUAUGAAUUUGCCGUUCGCGCCAAAAUGUUAAUAAUUUUAUUACUGGCAACAUACUUAAAAAGCACUGCCGUAUAAUAUUCUUUGUUGCGUCACGAUUAUGCUUUUAAUCAAUUUUAAUUUAGGUUAUACCUCUAUAGGUUUUAUAAGGGUCUCGUCAAUGAAAUUAUCCAUUAUAACUAAUGAUUUUUAUUCCUACAAUGUAUGCUCUCUGUCGCAUCGUGUUCGGCGAGAUCUUAUUCGUUUUAAUCAAAUCAUCAACAAUAUAUUAAUUAGUUUUAAUUAUGUUAUUCCUGUUUUGUGAAAUGUCUAUCAUUUUACGUUGUGAUCAUGUGAGUGCAAAAUUAUUUUGACCAUUUUAAUUGACUUUGUCAAUGGGCAGCAGAAUGUUAUGGACACAUUUAUUUCUGCAUAGUCCGAGAGCAGUAUUUUUUAGCUGUAGUCUUUAUAUAAACUUUUUUUAUUUUAACAAUUGUGAAAUUCAAUCGUUAGUUAAUUUCUAACAAUGAAAUAUUUAAUAAAGAAAUUACAAAUC